AUGACGACGUUGUUGACUCCCCGCGAAACUCAUUCGCCCUUCUCGGAUCCAUUACGGUGUCCCACUAGUCCCACUGCGCAACGAUAUUUCUUAGAAGAUCACGUCAUCCCCAGAAAAUCAAUGCAAGAUGACUAUCGCGCGAGGGACUCCUCCCCAGUCGCAUCAAAUCUGCCCUCGGCGCUGCCUUGUCCGAAUUUCACUCUGAACCCCGACCAACUCGCCUACGCGCCUACUCUAAAUAGCCUGGCACCGGAAAAUGAACUCAUCCUACCCUCCUACGAUCCAGAAUCCUUCCACAAUGCCAAAGAACCAGAGGAUGUGAGCGACGCGUCGACAGAACCACACCCACAUUCGUGGACGUUACAGCCUCCAUCGGCAGAUGACACCUUAAUUGACGAUGAGCCCUCCAGGCAUGUGGACUACCUUUCCCAUGACUGGAAGGAGGAGGAUAUCUGGUCCUCCUGGCGUUAUGUGACAAGUCGGAGGAACGAUUAUAGUAACGGAGUGAGAUUGGAGAAUGCCUCUUGGAGGACAUGGGCCAAGGCCAAGCACAACCUGAAGACGAUAUCACCGGAAAGCCUCAAUUGGCUGAAGGACUGUGAUGUCACCUGGCUCUACGGCCCAUUAAAAAGUUCCGUCGAACGCGCAACCUCUCCAUCUCCCCCUCCAAGUCGCUUGGAGACACCAAACUCCUAUCUAGACCGAAAGCCAAUCCUGAAGAAGAAGACCGCGUCUGAGGCCAUCCUCCAACGAUCACUAUCUCAACAUACGUUACUCCAACAUGCCGGGGCCAUUCUCAAGGCUCAAGAAGCCGAGAACAACUGGGCUCGACCUCCAUUCCCGAGGUCCAACACAGACUUGGAUCAAUUGCAUCACCGCACUGGAAGCUCGACCUACUCCCUCGGUGGCACCCUCACUACCUCAUCAUCAUCCGGAAUGACAUCUCCAAGUGAACGGCGCCAUAUUCACUUCAAUAAUGAAGUCGUGCAAUGCAUCGCGGUCGAAGCCAAGUCUUACGAGGACGAUUGGCCGGCCACCUUUGAAGAGUCAUCGUCCGACGACGGUGUAGUCUUGAUGAGACAAAUCUCUAGCCGGUCCUCCCUAAGCAACCGUAGCACCCCACGCAACAGCUUCACCGGUGAUGGGAAAACCAUCGCCCCUCUCCCUUCAACCACACUCAAGUAUCGCGGAGGUCCCCCGGAGUCCCACACUCAGACGAUCCUGGACCGAUGGUCCACCCCCAUCCCCACCCGGACGGUAUCACCAACUCCCUCGGUGGAGACCCUACGUCCGUCAGGGCCAUCGGAGCCCUCGGCCAACUUCCUUUUGGAUGAAUGUGAAGAUCCCAGCUUGGACUUCACGGGCAAUUAUCCCGAACGUGAUCGUGCAUGGUUUAUGGAAGAUGAUCCAGCACCAGAUCGCCUGAUCCGAUUAACUGCUUCGGGCAUGAUCAUGCCGGAAGGCGAGACCGAGACCCCCAGCAGUAGUCUCUUAGACCGGGUUGUGGACACUGUGAACACAGCCCGAGACAUCGCCCAUGUGAUUUGGAAUGUGGGCUGGCGCCGCUAA